CUUAUAAUUGAUCAUAGCAACAACAUGCCAUACCACACCUUUUAGUGAUUGUCGAGUUAUUCUUCUGGCUGCAAUGAAAUGUCAAAAUUGACAAGUAGUAAUAAUAACAAAUUUCAUGUGUCAUUGUGAACGUUAAUUACUAAUAAUUACUUAAGUAAAUAAAAGAAGUAUUUAAUAGUAACAGUUUUUAAAAUGUUUGCUGUAAAGCAUUUUGUUCGUGUCAACUUAAAUAGUAAUAAUAAUAGUAUUUCAAAGAUUAGCAUACGCACAAUUAAUCAUCAAUGUCGUCUGUUAAUUGUUGGUGGGGGAUCUGGUGGCAUGUCUAUGGGCGCGAAAUUUGCAAAAGAUUAUAAACAAGAUGAUAUAAUUAUUGUGGAACCAAGUAAUUUACAUUAUUAUCAACCAAUGUUCACUUUAAUUGGUGGUGGUAUUAAAACGUUUGACAAGUCUCAUAGGCAGACCAAAAAUAUUAUACCAAAAAAAGUGAAAUGGAUUCAAGAUUCUGUUACACAAUUCAAACCUAAUGAUUCAAUGGUUAUCACAAGCGAAGGUGAUAAAAUUUCUUAUGAUUAUAUGUUAGUAGCAAUGGGUUUAGUAUUAAAUUACAAUCAAAUUAAAGGUUGCGAAGAAGCAUUAGCAUGUGCUCCUGAUUCAGGUGUUUGUUCAAUUUAUAGUCCAAAAUAUGUGAGUCAAGUAUUACCAACACUUGAAAAUUUCAAAUCAGGAAAUGCAUUAUUUACCUUCCCCCAUAGUCCUGUGAAAUGUCCUGGUGCACCACAAAAAAUAUGUUAUCUAGCUGAACAUUUAUUCAGAAAACGAAAUGUUCGAGAUAAAGCAAAUAUUUCAUAUAUAACAGCGUUACCAGUUAUAUUUGGUGUCAAAGAAUAUGCUAAAUCAUUGGUUAAAGUGGCAGCAAAAAAGAAAAUCAAUGUUAAGUACAGCACACAUUUGGUUGAAAUUUUCCCAGAUAAAAAGGAAGCUGUAUUUCAAAAUUUAAAUGAUAAAAGUUGUACGACCGAAAAGUAUUCGGUACUACAUGUAACUCCGCCACAAAGUACACCGCCAGAGUUAAAAGCAGCAACACAUCUAACGAACGAAGCUGGAUUUUUAGAUGUAAAAAAACACAAUUUACAACACGUUAAAUAUCCCAACAUAUUUGGUAUCGGUGAUUGUACAAAUUCACCAAAUUCAAAGACUGUAGCGGCAGUAGCUGCCCAAAGUCAAGUUGUUUAUAAGCAUUUAAAAGCAUUAAUGGAUGGUAAAGUUGAAAAACAAUCAAAAUACGACGGAUAUGCAUCAUGUCCAUUACUUACUGGCUAUGGAACCUGUAUUUUAGCUGAAUUUGAUUAUAAUCUAGAACGAAAGGAAACAUUCCCCAUAGAUCAACGAAAAGAAAGUUGGCUUAUGUAUCAAUUGAAAAAAGAAGCUAUGCCACCAUUAUAUUGGCAUCUCAUGUUAAACGGCUACUGGAAUGGUCCUGAAUUUUAUCGAAAAAUGUUACAUUUGGGGAUGGUGUAAAAAGCGACAAAAACCAUAAAAAUUUUAAA